AUGAGCACCAAAGCCAUUCACCUCGAGCUGGCUGGUGAUCUCAGCACGGUCAGUUUCCUAGGAGCCCUCACACGGUUCGUAGGCAGGCGCGGCCGUCCCGUGGAGAUUUGGAGCGACAACAGAACCAUUUUUCGUGGUGCUUGCCAUGAGCUUCAGCGAUUGCUGAAGGCCGCUGACAUAGAUUGGGGACUAAUCAAAGGACACCUUGCCCUCGAGGGCAUAGUCUGGAAUUUCAUCCCGCCUUCUGCCCCAUACUUCGGUGGCCUGUGGGAGGCCGGCGUCAAGUCAAUUAAGAUGCAUCUUCACUGUGUCGCCGGCCCCCGGCGACUCACCUACGAAGAGUUCUCGACGCUCUUGGUUUCGGUGGAGGCUGUUCUCAACAGCAGGCCCCUCGCUCCGCCAUCCGGCGAUUUAAGCGACCUUGAUGCGCUCACAUCGAGUCACUUUCUCAUCGGCACCUCGAGUACCUCUCUCGCCCAGCCUGUCGAUCCUGCUGUCAACCUAGAGCAUUCCACACACUGGGACCUAGUCAAGGGGAUGCGAGAUCGUUAUUGGGUACGUUGUAGCAGAGAGUACCUCAACACAUUGCUACAACGGCUGAAGUGGAGGCGUCUCCAGCCGAACUUCAGGGUCGGUGACUUCGUCGUGAUCGUCGACGCCUCACUUCUCCGCCCUCAUGGACAGUGGCCGAUGGGACGCGUCGUUGCCGUUUAUCCUGGAGCCGAUGGACUUGUUCGGACUGUCACUGUGCGGACAGCUACCGGCGAGUAUAUGCGGCCGAUUGUUAAGCUAGCGCGACUUCCGCUGACAGCAUCAUCUCCGGACGUCGCAUUACCUGCAGACUCCACUGCUGCAUAA